AUGGCUAACAACAAUAGGGACAUGAGUGAGGUAAAAGCGCAACUUGAAGUGUUGUACGCAGAGUUGGCCGAAAUCAAUGCACAAAAGAAGGGUUAUGCCGGAAAUGACACGGCUGUUGGAAAUGUGCAACCUGUUGAGAGGAUUAUUGAAGAGGACAGGGGUGGUGCUGUGGCUAAGAAUGGGGGUGACGGUGAUGAUGCAGAAGAGGGGAAUGUUGAUGACGCAGAAGAGGGGACUGCUGAUGAUGAGGAUGAUGAAGAUGCAGAAGAUGAAGAUGAUGAAAAUAGGGAUGAGGACGGGGGUGAAGCUGAUGAAGAUGAUGAUUCUGAAACUGAUCAUGGAGGGCACUAG